CAGAGGCCGCCUUACUCUUCUAACCAAGCAAUCAUUCUUUUUCAACUCAAACCUAUGUUCAUCUUUUCUUCACCUUCCCUCCAAAACCCUAAUUCCUCUUCUCCUCUCUCAACUCAACCUCCCCCAUGGUUUCUCUCCGCCCAUUUCUUUCCCUUUCCUCUUUCUCUCACGCGCGUAACCCCACGCGCCCCACGAAUUUUCUUCUUCUUCGCGCUCUGUCCUCUUCCUCGUUCAAAUCAGUCGCCACUAAAAAGAGUUCCUCGGUGCGCACCGGUGCCGUCGCAGACGCCGAAGCUGCAUCUCCGAGCGGCGAUCUGAAGGACGAUGACGCUCAGGUGGUUCUUUUGGGUCCGGCGACCGUCGAGGAGCCUGGCGGUGAAGCUACGGCGGAGUACGAGUGGACUGAAGAGUGGUACCCGUUGUACUUGACGCGGAAUGUGCCGGAGGAUGCUCCGUUAGGGCUCACUGUGUUCGAUAAGCAGUUGGUUCUUUACCGCGAUGGAACCGGCGAGCUUCGCUGUCAUGAAGAUAGGUGCCCACAUAGGCUAGCAAAGCUCUCUGAAGGCCAAUUAAUCGAUGGCAGACUGGAAUGUCUUUACCAUGGCUGGCAAUUUGAAGGCAAGGGGAAAUGUGUGAAGAUUCCUCAGCUUCCAUCAGAUGCCAAGAUUCCUAGAUCAGCAUGCCUAAGAACAUAUGAGGUAAGGGACUCACAGGGAGUUGUUUGGGUGUGGAUGUCGUUGGAAAAGCCUUCAACCCUAAAAAAGAUACCAUGGUUCGAGAACUUUGACCGGCCCGGGUUUCGGGACAUUUCGACUGUUCACGAGCUUCCUUAUGAUCACUCAAUACUUCUCGAGAACCUUAUGGACCCUGCACAUAUACCUAUCUCCCAUGAUAGAACAGAUUUUACUGCCAAAAGAGAAGAUGCUCAGCCACUUGGAUUCGAGGUUACCGAGCGUACAAAUCGUGGUUUUGCCGGUUGGUGGGGCCGUGCUAAAGAUCAGUCAUUGGCAAACUUCUUAAGGUUUGAAGCACCUUGUGUCCUUCAGAAUAACAGGGAAUUUCCCAAUAAAAAAGGUGAAAUGGAUUACUUUACAGGACUUUUCCUCUGUAGACCUACAGGCCAAGGGAAAUCCAUGCUUAUAGUGAGAUUUGGUAGCACAAGAUCAUCUCUCUUGGUAAAAUUGCUGCCUACAUGGUUUAUGCAUCAAAAUGCUUGCAAAGUUUUUGAGCAAGACAUGGGAUUUCUUUCAUCCCAAAAUGAAGUCCUAAUCAAAGAAAAAGUACCUACCAAAGAACUCUAUCUCAACUUACGAUCCUCUGAUACUUGGGUUCUUGAGUACCGACGCUGGAUGGACAAAGUCGGGCACGGGAUGCCAUAUUACUUUGGACACAGUACAAUAUCGUUGCCCAAACUACCUGCCAUUGUUGAACACGCCCCGGCGGGAAUAGUUGCUGGAGCUUCAGCAUCAUCUCCAGCUAAGGGGGGAAUCGGAACUAUGCAUGCUCCGAACUUGUCGAAUCGGUACUUUCGACAUAUCAUUCAUUGUAGAAGUUGCAGCAAUGCCAUCAAAUCUUUUCAAACUUGGAACAAGGCUUUUUCUGCCAUUGCUAUCACAUUGGUUGCAUCGGCAAUUUUGGUGGGUGGAAGGCAAUGGAAGGCCCUCAUUUUGUUAUCAGCAGCAUUAUUCUUUGGUGGAGCUUAUGCAUGCUCGGCUAUUGUGGCUUUAAAUACAACAAAUUUUAUAAGAACUCACAGAAGGUUGUAAGUUAUUGGAUAUAGAUUUUAAAAUAGUAUACUGAUAAUACAUACUUUGGGAGAGCAAAUGCUUUGUAAAUUUUUGUUGUUUGUUGAUUUCCAAAUAACAGAGUGAUUGACCAUA